AUGGUAGCUUGUAUGAUAAGAUUCAAGGUCUUCAACAGUGAAAAUACCCAAUUUUCCUUGUGCUAUGAGCAGUUGCAUCUCGAGAAACUAUUGCCUGAAUUCACUGUGCAGACAUUGUUGGGACAAAAAUCACAUUUAACCUGUGACCUGUUUGAUCUUUUGUGUCCACAAACGGGAUGGUGCCAUUUUCUGCAGCGUAGAGGGACCUUAGUUGUAGUUUCACUGGUGUUGGAAGCAGCUCUUGAGAGUCUUUGGUUAUUGCUGGAAAUUGGAAGUCCUUACAUAAGGGAUGUGAAUUUAAGCCAUUCAAGCAGGUAUUGUGGAAGGAAUGAAAGCAACCUGUUAAAACUUUCCAGUCAUCAUUUUGGGCAGACAUCAUACAUUCAGAUUCAAAAACUUGUUUGGCUUUAUUUCUCAAUUCAUUGGCACUGUCAGAGGGCUUCCUUUCGGAACGUAGAAUGCUGUGGGUAUUUUCAACAGGAUACUCAUCAAAAAUUGUUAUGAUAUGUGGAGAGGACCUAUCAUUGGAAUCACAGAGAGAAUGGAGGGCUGAGAAGACAAGUUUGAUGGCAAACUUUGCUCAUUGUCAGAACCAGUGAAGGAUGGAUAAGAAUAUGCCGAAUGAUCUGAUGCAGCUUGAGGGUUUUCACAGUUGACUUGAUGAGGUUGCUGAUAGCUGAUAAACUUCUUCACACACUGAUAUAUUA